AUGUUCAAGACGGCAGCAGCAAAAAUUGCCCAUAAUUCAACGAUUCCGGCGCUUGCAGGUAAUAGCGAUCUUAGACAGUUUCAGGAUCUCAUUAACGCGGAGAAGGUUGUUUUGGUCUCAAUUCAGAGACUGGGCGUUGAUAUAACCAAGGCUGCGGAGUCCCUCAGGGCGUGGGGGGUUGGUGAAGGUGAUGACCUCGUAGAUAUCCUCAGUGCAUCUACUACCCUGCUUGUUAACUUUGCUGCGGCGCUGAGUGCAUACGCCAGCACACAUCAUGGAAUCCGCGACACCAUGAAGUCUGUACGAACGCGCGAGGAAGCCCUCGAUGAUCUACGGCGCCGACGACGGCGUGUUGGAGCCUCUGCAGACAGUGCCGAAAAGAAGCUCAGCAAGAUGAGCCCCGAACACAAAAAUCUCGCAGCGCAGAGUGACGCUCUCAAUCGACUGCGUGAAGAGAUGCGCGCAAUAGAUUGUGAGAUUGUUCGUGAGGAAGCUGAGCUGGGCGACUUUAAGAGAAAAUGUGCGAAGAGCUGGAUGCAGGCCAAGUUCGGAGGUCUCGCAGAGUGCUGUGAGAAGGGUGUGAUUGUUGGCGAUAUAGGCAAAGCAAUUGUUGCAGAGAUUCCCGAAGACGUAACGCAACCGGGACUUCCUCGAGCGUAUUAUAGCGCUCAUCCACGUGUCAGCGCCCUUGUAUCUGAGGCACAGCGCAGUAUCGCGCAGGUGGCCUUUACGGCUGUCGCGUCUGGCCGCGUCAGUCAAGGAGAGCAUGAGCAUACAUCUUCGACUCAGGCCUCGCCACAGAUGCAAUCACAACAGACAUUGUUGUCAAGUUCUCCCUAUUUACCUGCUCCGCGAGUAGGAAGCGGGCUCCACCUAGGCGGCUUUGGGAGUGAAUCUCUGUCUCCUCCACAUCCAAGCCAGCGCACGGCAUCCGCGGACGAACUUGGCGUCUCCACACCGACCUCAACACAUGCCAGUCAUUUUUCCUCUUUUCCUACGAGGGGCCCAAGCUUAGGUAUCCUGUCACACGACGGACCGACACCCUCAAUUCCUCCCCUCUCGUACUUGCGGCAAGCAGAUACAAUGGCUGGUGGUUCCUCAGCCCUUCCCGCGCAUGACACCUCGGGCUCUUUGACCAGCUCUAUCGCCGACGCCCUGGCUCGCAGUGAUUCCAACUCAUUAAGCCUAAAUCGUCCCUCAGUUGAUGAUCCUGCGCCAAAGUACGAGCCAUUCGUGCCCGGAUCAGGUGCUCCAUACACUGGUGUUGGAGACACACGCAGAAGCAAGAGUCCAAGUUUGCCACCAGGCGCGGCUCCUGCUGCAAUCCAGGCUUGGGACGGUGGUUUGGGCGCUGAAAUUGAGGAACAGCGUACCGUGAGCGAAAGCAACGACAAUGCGAUGAGCGUCAUGAGUGGAAAUGAACAGGCGACUAGCAUUACUGGGCUGAGCGACAGACGGACAUCACAGGAGUCGGUGGGUGGUAUGCCGUAUGACCGUGAUGAGGAGCCCGAAGAUUACCAAUCGAACGAAAUUGCGCUGCAAAACAUAGACCGAAGGGUGAGGUCUGGGACGGAGGAGGACGAAGCAGAGGUAGAACGUAGCAGACCUUCGCCUCAGACGACGGAAAGUCAGAGACGUAUCCCGCGUGUGCCUCCGCCAUCCGUAGAUACUGAGGCACCAACUCCGCCAGAGCAUACCAGGAUCGUGUCUCCGCUUUCACAGCAGUCUACUUCCCCACUGCAGACUCAAGCGAAAGGUCAUUCAGAAGAGGGCGACGGAGACGACGAGCAGGCACGCAACGCAGCAGCUGCACGUGAAGUCUCUCGUGAAUUGGAUGCGCUAGCAUUCAGCACACCUGCACCAGUGAUGUACUCUACUCAUCCAACUCAAUCCCAAGCCCCACCACAAGGUUCUUACAUGUCGGGACAGGCUUACCCGCCUCAGCCACACCAACAACUGCAGAUUCAUGCACCUCAACAUAAUCAGACCUCUCAGCCCCCUUCACCCCUUGCACCACCUAUUGCACCGUUCGCUCACCGUUCUACUUCACCUCAUUCUCAUAUCGGCGCUGACCCAGGCGAAUCGCGUCCUCUACCGAACAUAGUUGCUUCGAGGAGUAGUUCGCCUCGUCCCACAUCGCCUCGCCUCCCGCCAUCUUCUUUGUCCUCUGUGCAAUCACCUGCUUCCGUCCCCUACAGGUCACCACCUGAAUACCCACGUCCGCCGCCGCCGUUCUCCUCUCCCCUCAUGGCGAAGUCCACAUCUUCACUGACCUCGGGUGCUCCCGGUGGUGCACCGCGAAUGAUCUCGGCUGCUGCGUUCCGCAGGCCCGGUCGCAACGGAAGCGAGUCUGGGUCAUCGUUGAGUCCGGCAGGGUAUAGUGGGCCGGCAGAUACCUCACCUCUAUCCCUCCUCCGCCCUUCUGCAUCGCCUGCGCCUUCGAUGUCACGAAAGUCCGGGGCAAUGCGAAGGCUGUCUGUAGUCAACCCAGACCCAGUCCAACUCGAUGAAGAUGAGUUCGACUACAUAUCGGCAUACACGGGAGGGGACGAGCCGCGGGGUGCGCAGGCCCAACAGAGUGGGGGAUAUGGGCAAGGGAAGUAUGUUAGCGACCUUGAAGCUCGGUGA